GAAGUGCUGCCGGAAAUACCACAACGACGCUUUGGGACUACAUGUCCCGGCAGCCUUUGCGGUCCACGAGGAAGAGGAUUGUCUCGACCUUGGAGUUUGACGUAAAGCAGCAUGGCCGGCAAGGAACCAAACCGUUUUGUCCAGCACCUGAGGGAUCUGGCGGGCCGGAUGUCCUCGUCUGGUGGCAAGGGCGCAGGAUUAGGACUGAAGCUGCUGCUUGGAGCCGGUGCAUUGGCAUAUGGAGUUAAAGAAGCCACUUACACAGUUGAGGGUGGUCACAGAGCCAUCAUCUUCAACAGGGUUGGCGGGAUGCAAAUGGACACCAUUCAGGCUGAGGGGCUGCACUUCAGGAUCCCAUGGUUCCAGUAUCCUAUCAUAUAUGAUAUCAGAGCCAGACCAAGGAAAAUCUCCUCUUUGACGGGCAGCAAAGAUCUGCAGAUGGUGAACAUAGCAGUACGUGUACUGUCCAGGCCCCUGGCAUCCAAUCUACCAACAAUGUAUCAACAGCUUGGGAAGGACUAUGAUGAGAGAGUACUGCCUUCCAUUGUCAAUGAGGUCCUCAAAUCUGUAGUGGCAAAGUUUAAUGCCUCACAGCUCAUUACACAGAGAGCACAGGUUUCCUUGCUGGUGCGCAGGGAACUGUUUGAGAGAGCUAAAGACUUCAACAUCAUUCUCGAUGAUGUGUCCAUCACAGAGCUGAGCUUCAGCAGCCAGUACACUGCUGCUGUGGAGGCCAAGCAAGUUGCUCAGCAAGAGGCGCAGAGAGCCCAGUUCUAUGUGGAGAAAGCCAAACAGGAUCAAAGACAGAAGAUCAUCCAGGCUGAGGGAGAGGCUGAAGCAGCAAAAAUGCUGGGGCUUGCAGUAACCAAAAAUCCAGGUUACCUGAAGCUGAGGCGAAUCAGAGCUGCACAAAACAUCGCAAAGACGGUGUCAUCAUCUCAGAACAAGGUGUACCUUAAUGCUGACAGCUUGGUCCUGAACCUACAAGAUCCAUCAAUUUUUAAUAACAUGGCACUGGGAAAGUGAUGAAGACGAUACGAGGGGCGGCAUUAGGACUGACCCUGUUGUCAGCAGUCUCUGCUUUGCUUGUGACCUAGAGAACCAAAAUACAUGACUUUACAAAUGUGAUUGUAGACAUCAAAGAUAAAAAUAUUAAAGAUAUCUGUCCCAUUUCAGAUAUUGUAAGAAUGGGUUCACAUCAAAUUGAUUGCCAGUAUAAUGCUUAUGACAUGCAACAGCCUUUUGUGAAUUACAAUUCCUGUAUCAGUAAUUUGUAAAAAUCAGUUCCUAGAUGCAAUGUUUCUAUCAGGAGAGGGUGGUCGGGCUGAUUGGUCAAUGAUGUUAAUUUAUGAAUGUGCACUGCUGUCCACAGUAUCUUGUUCUUAAAGUCAGAUUUCAUGCUGUCUUUUUCUCACAUAGAGACUCUGAAUCUUGCUGCCAGCCUUUUCUCCGAUCUACACACAUGAUAAAAAGAUCUGGUCUUCUUCAUUUUGCUCCCUAAACUGUGAUCUGCUUACAUGAAGCUGGUUUUACAAAUGUUGGGUGUGUGUCAGUCAAUGCAGUAAAUCUAAUACUGCAGAUGUUGGUGUUGGCAUUAUGUUGAUAAACUUUUUUAUCAACAAAUGCCAAUUAAAAUUAUUUAAAAGCAACCAGAAAACACAUGAAAUACAAUAAAAUAUCAUGUCCCAUAGUGCUUUGAAUGAAGAAUGCACCAUAUGAAAGAAUAUGUUUGGGAGGGAUAUUGUUUCUUACAACAGUGGAGUUUCUCAGUUUAGAAGAAUCCAUAAUACAGGGCACUGAAGUAGUUGCAUUUACCCCUUUGUCACCUGUAAGCACACCUGGCAACACACUCUUAAAGACACAACAUUGUUUUCCCCUGUUAAAACAACAACAAAUAAUCUCAAAUAAACUUUACGAGA